AACUUGAGGACGGCAAGACACUCAGUCGAAGAGAAGACGGCGGCGGUGUGUGCGCGUCGAUUCGCGAUCCAUCUUCAUAGCACGGGCCUUCGCCGAAAGACACGGACCCGCGACCAAAAGGGCAUGAUACGAUACGCAACGCGUUCCUUCGCCGUUGCUGAUCCGUUUCCUUCCGAUACCUCCGACGCGUCACGUCGUUUCAUUGCGCGAAACAAGUGAAUUAUGACAAGGUGAAGUCAUAGCUAUUUCAAGAGGCUGCUAAUUUGUAGGUUAACUUAUAAGUUGCUGUGAUAUUUUUGAUUUCGACUUUUAUUAUUUUAUUAAUUUGGAGUAAUCGACGCAUUGGAUUCAACUUAACUAUGCAGAGCACAAUGAAACAAUAUCGCCCGAUCUACGCCAAUGCUGCCAACAUACCGCUGCCCAUUCUGCUGGUCUCCAUCUUUUUGAUAAGCUUCCAAAACACUGCCAAUGCUGCCAACAUACCUCCACCAACAACAAUUGCUCCCGAAGUUGCGUCGGACGUCCGAGUCGAGUGCAACAGCGACGAGAUCCUGGUGCACAUCAGCACCAGAUCGGGGCGUUUCAACGGCAUGAUCUAUCCACGGGGCCUGUCGAAAAACAGCUCCUGCAUGGGUGAAUGGGUGCAGAGGCCGGCCCCCGUACAAUACACGCUGCCGCUCAGAGGCUGCAACACAAUGAGCACGGAACUGGAUGAUGGCGGUAUUGAAUACUUUAAUACCAUCGUCGUACAGCCACACUUGAAGCUCGUAACGAACCAAGGAAGAGGAUUCCACAUCAGAUGUCGAUACAACACACGAAACAAUACAAUCACUAACGAUUCACUUAAAGUUGAUUUGAUGUCAGCCGAUCCGAUCACAGCUUUGGCUCCGAUGCCCGGUUGCAGCAUGAAAAUCUUCUCCGGUGACCCGACCGAACGUGAGGUGGCUGAAAACGUCAAAAUCGGCGACCCCCUCACGCUGGUCGUUUCCCUGGAUGAUCAGGAGACUUACGGCAUCAGAGUGACGGACUGUCUAGUCAGGGACGGACUUGGAUGGGGUGAACAGAAGCUGAUCAGCGACGACGGUUGUCCGUUGGACUCGGAAAUCAUGGGAAUGUUCGAAUAUUCGCAGGACAAAACGAGGGCCGCAGUCAAAUUCCAGGCGCACAAAUUUCCCUACACCGCUUCUGUUUAUUAUCAAUGCAACGUUAAGUUGUGCCUGAAAGCGGACAACGGAUGCGAAUAUCAAGCGCCAAGUUGCGGUGGUAACCGAAUACGUCGUCAGGCAGCUUCAGAAUCGUCGGAAGGUACUCCAGCAACCAUUGAGGUGUACAGCGGAUUGUACGUUAAUGAAGCUAAUGACUUGGCCAAAGCUGGACAAGAGGAUGGCUCAGUUUUUAGUGAAAAGGCUACUGAAGACUCGAUUUGCAUCUCGCAACGCAGCUUCGCCAUAGGCAUUUGCAUUGCCGGAUUGAUCUUGAUGCUCUGCGUGGUAUUCGCCAUAUUAUGUCUGAUGGCCAGAAGGAGAAAGAAGACGACGUCUAAUCCGGGAAGUUCAAUUUACAGCGGACCCUACACCAACACUGCCUACAGUCACAGUAGUUAAACAAAUCGAAGAUUGUAGUAAUCGAAACUGCCAUUUGGUUGGGAACACAGGAGAUGGCUACUUAAUAAACAUUUGUAAUUUAAACAUUUUGUAUGGUAUAUGUGUAAACUGUUGUUGAACUAUUAUGAACAAUAUGCCAUAUGCAAUGUUAAAAUUUAAUUAUUCUGUUGUGUUCCCGAUUAUGUUUAUAUAUUAGCAAUGGUGCCAUUUAGGCUCAUUUAUCUAUGCUACAUACUCUAGUGUUCUUGACACUGCCUCUACUAAAGAUUUCUAGUUGUUUUUUUUAUUUUAUAAUUACAAGAACUUUACCUCAUUUCGUCUCAACAUUCUUGAGUCAAAAAGUUACUGGUUAGGCUCACAUUUUGUAAACUGAACUGAAUUUUGUGUGUAUUAAGAUUUUUAAAACAUUGGUUCAUAGUGCAGCGAAAAUAAGCGUAAGAGGAAAUAAGUUGUUCAAUGUUUUUGUAUUUAGGGAACAAUACGGAAAUUAAAAAUUCGCCAGUUAUUCUACAGAGCUUUUAAAUUCAGUCAAAACUGUCUCAACUUUGAGUAAUCGUGAUAAUUUUAACAAGGGUUUGGUGAAGGGAUAUUUAUGCAUUUUCAAGCGUUCAAUUUAAGAGAAACAUAUUUUCCAUUAACUCUGUUAGUUUUUGUGAAGAUUGCAUGAUAUGAUAACUUUGCCUCGAUAUAUUUUGCGAAGAUAUUAUGUCUUUACUCUUUUAUUGAAUUUUUAACAUUAAAUAACACGAAUACAAACUUUGCCUCAUUUGGAUGUUUGUAUUUUGGGUUUUGAAUCACGGUCGCAUUAUUGUGUUAAUGUUGUACAUAUGUCAUAAUGCGACUCUGGUUCUUAACCAAAUUUAGUUAGAAAAAAAUAAGAAAAGAUCAAAGUUAAUCAAAUUGGUGCUUUAAUAAAUACGUGUUUGUACUAGAAUUUACAUGAUAAAUAACAGUAAAUAAAUAUUUAAAAGUAAAA